AUGUCUUCGGUUCCACCGGAGCAAGUCGCUAGUGAAUUUAAAGGCACGGGGUCCAUGUUCACCCAGCAAAACCCCGCGGCUUCUGCAAGCUCCUUCAAGCCAGCCGGGAACGAUGACUCCAAAGCGCCAUUGCCCAAGGGUGUAGUCCUGGACAAAGACGGGAAGCCCUGCCGCACCUGUACAUCCGUCGCCUCAUGGCGAGCAUUGACCAAGCAAGCAGACCUCAAAAGCGCAAACUCAAACUCUACCUCUUCCAAUACCUCGACUGCGGGCAAAAUGACAGCCUCAAUGUCCGCCCUCGCCGCCGCUGGAACGCCUUCGUCCAGCGAAAGACCCUCAGACUGCCCGCCAGACGUCGAAGAGCUAGGUCGCUCAACAUGGACAUUAUUGCACUCGAUGGCAGCUACAUACCCCGAAAAGGCGGACGCAGAACACCAGGCUAACAUGAGUGGAUUCUUGAAGUUCUUCUCCAAGCUGUACCCGUGCUGGGUGUGCGCGGAUGAUUUCCGGACAUGGAUGGCGCAUCCCAGUGGACGAAAUCAGCCGAAACUGGGUAGUCGGAAGGAAUUCGGAUGGUGGAUGUGCGAGGCGCAUAAUGAGGUUAAUCGGAAGCUUGGGAAGAAGGAGUUUGAUUGUCGACUUUGGGAGGAGAGGUGGCGGACUGGGUGGAAGGAUGGUCGGUGUGAUUGA